AUGCCGCCCAAUGUGUCACAGCGACCAAAUGUGAGCCAUAUUGCGGAGGGGAACAAAGUUGUGUUCCUAGACGGAUCCGAGGCGGACAUUGAUAGCAUAAUUCUCUGUACCGGAUACAGCUUUGACUUUCCGUUCUUUGCUGAUGACAUCAUACAGGUACAGGAAGAAAGGGUGACGCCUUUGUACAAGCAUUUAGUACAUAUAGAAUACCCGAACCUUCUAUUUGUGGGGCUUCCGAAAUGUGUGUCUUAUUUCCGUCAAUCACAUGAACAAGACAGGGCGGCGGUUUCUAUCCUGGAGUGGAACGUCAAGCUUCCAUCAGAACAGGAAAUGUUAACUGACGCCGACCAAGACUUCGGUCAAAAAAGAAAGGAGUUCAACAUGACAGAACUGCACGCUCACUACAUGGGUAAGGGUGAUCUUCAAUGGCGAUUGAACGAAGAUCAUGCAAAUCUUUGUGACUUCCACAAACUGCCAAAGGUUCUCGCCGACAUGCUGUGUAGUGUCCAGAUUUCUCGAUCAGCAGACUUCGGAACAUUUCGGAAGAUAAACUACUUCUACAAACACUCCAAUUAUUUUGGAAUUAGAAGAUAA